AUGAUCGCUGAAUUGAUUCUGAUGAAGCCACCUUCUCUAUCCUCAGACCCCGUCUAUCUCCAGACCCUCUGGCCUGUAGGUCUCUCUCUCUUGGGUCUUCACCUCGUAAUAAGGAACAGAAACACAAAUCCAAUCCCCACCUCACAUGAUCUAGAUGAAUCGGUUUUGCUCUCCGGAGAAACAUUUGGGAGUCAUCCUACAUGUUUGCCGAGUAGGAGCAUAGCAUCCCCAUUGCUGCGAUCUAGAAUGGUUUUAGUUGCAGAGUCCAAAGCAGAACUGCAGAUAGCAGCAGCAUAG